ACAGAUAGCAAGUCCUAGUCAGAGCCGCCGCUACAUUUAGGAGAAACAGCGGUGUCUGCGGCUCCCACCCUUCGGGGGCCCGUGGGGGGGGCGGUGUCAGGGGCAUGGACGCCACCCCCCAGGGGUCUCUGCUGCCGGCUACUCUCCUCUCCACGUGCUCCCCUCCAGGACCCCCGACGCCGCCGAGGCGCCCAGCGACGCGCGGCGGGUGGCGGCAGCUCGGGCUCCCGCCGCACUCUGGGCCCCCGUCGCACUCCAGGCGCCCACAGCGCUCUCCCUGACGCGGCCGCCAUGGCGCAGGAGAACGCUGCCUUCUCGCCCGGACCGGAGGAGCCGCCGCGGCGCCGCGGCCGCCAGCGCUACGUGGAGAAGGAUGGCAGGUGCAACGUGCAGCAGGGCAACGUGCGCGAGACAUACCGCUACCUGACCGACCUGUUCACCACGCUGGUGGACCUGCAGUGGCGCCUCAGCCUGUUGUUCUUCGUGCUGGCCUACGCGCUCACCUGGCUCUUCUUCGGCGCCAUCUGGUGGCUGAUCGCCUACGGCCGCGGCGACCUGGAGCACCUGGAGGACACCGCGUGGACGCCGUGCGUCAACAACCUCAACGGCUUUGUGGCUGCCUUCCUCUUCUCCAUUGAGACCGAGACCACCAUCGGCUACGGGCACCGCGUCAUCACCGACCAGUGCCCCGAGGGCAUCGUGCUGCUGCUGCUGCAGGCCAUCCUGGGCUCCAUGGUGAACGCCUUCAUGGUGGGCUGCAUGUUUGUCAAGAUCUCUCAGCCCAACAAGCGCGCCGCCACGCUCGUCUUCUCCUCGCACGCCGUGGUGUCGCUACGCGACGGGCGCCUCUGCCUCAUGUUCCGCGUGGGCGACUUGCGCUCCUCACACAUAGUGGAGGCCUCCAUCCGCGCCAAGCUCAUCCGCUCGCGCCAGACGCUGGAGGGCGAGUUUAUCCCGCUGCACCAGACCGACCUCAGCGUGGGCUUCGACACGGGAGACGACCGCCUCUUCCUCGUCUCGCCGCUGGUUAUCAGCCACGAGAUCGACGCUGCCAGCCCCUUCUGGGAGGCGUCGCGCCGUGCCCUCGAGAGGGACGACUUCGAGAUCGUUGUCAUCCUCGAGGGCAUGGUGGAAGCCACGGGAAUGACAUGCCAAGCUCGGAGCUCCUACCUGGUAGACGAAGUGCUGUGGGGCCACCGCUUCACGUCAGUGCUGACUCUGGAGGACGGCUUCUACGAGGUGGACUAUGCCAGCUUUCACGAGACUUUUGAGGUGCCCACACCUUCGUGCAGUGCUCGAGAGCUGGCAGAGGCUGCGGCCCGCCUUGAUGCCCAUCUCUACUGGUCCAUUCCCAGCCGGCUGGAUGAGAAGGUGGAGGAGGAGGGGGCAGGGGAGGGGGCGGGUGGGGAAGCUGGGGCCGACAAGGAGCAGAAUGGCUGCCUGCCACCCCCAGAGAGUGAGUCCAAGGUGUGACCAGCUUCCUCCGGACCCCUGUGGCAGACCGGGGGCCAGACACAGGUACAUGGGGAACUGCAUAUCGGAGGUGGAGGAGGAGGAGGAGGAGAAGGUAGGCAAAGCCCCUGGAAAUGUGCUAACGUUGGAAAGUCCCCAUCCCCCAGAAUCUCAAGUCUAGAAUCCAGUAUGGAAGGGAGGGGUCCUGAUUUCAGGGAAAUGGAGGGUGGGGCCAGGUGAACAUGCCAGUCUGUGUUUGACCUUCACAUUUGUUCAUGAGUGGAUGCAUGGACAAAAGGAUGGACUUUUGGGGGUUGGAUGGGAAGAUGGUGACAGAUAAAGACAGCUGACAGAUACAUAAAUGGACCAAUAGACAAUUGGUUUACUCAGGGCUGCCACUAACCUGUAGAAUACCUCUGUGCAAAUUCUAAAAAGGAACCCUUUUCCUCCAGACAGAUACAGCCCCAAACCAGGGUGCAUGGCUUGGGGAGCAGAGUGUAGGAUGGAUUGCAGUCCCCACUGACCUCUUCUGCCAGCCUCCCCACAUAUGGCACAACUGUCUAAUGACACCGUAGGCCAAGCUGAAGCAAAGGAGAAAGGAACCGCACCAAGAUGGACAUAUGAGGAGGGUGCCCUCCUAGCUCCACCCUCACCGGGAUGAAGGGGUGCAAGCGGGCUCAGCAAGGUGUAAAUGACCUUAGUCUGCAAGUUCAGGGAAGCAGGCAGAGCAGGGAGGUGCCUGAGCUGGGGCCUGGAGAAGGUCCUGGGAAAGGAAAACCAGCAAUGGCUAUUUUCUUACAGUGCAGUGAAAUCUUACAGGUAUCAGGCACAGGCAGGAAGAGGGAGAGAGCUUCUGAGGAGGAAGGGACAGAGAGAGAUCUAGAAAGUGGGUUCACUAGAGCUGGGACACAGGGAGACCCUAGGAAAGCAGUGUGUCCUUGGGGCACAGUCAUUCACAUCACUGAUUGGGUGCCAUGUGGAGUGGACAUUCAAAAACUUGGUUCCUGUCCUCAAAAUAAGGGGCACCUGGGAAAACAGAGGAAUCUACCUGUGGCGACCGAACAAGGGAUGAUUCAAACUGACAGCCUGUGCGGUCCCGCAGAGGGUGGGGGAGUGAGGGUGAUCAGAAGGCUGGGGCCGGUGUAAGCCAUAAGGAAUAUGUAAGUCAGGAGUUAGAAAUCUUCAGUGUGCAUUGGAAUCACGUGGAGGGCUUGUUAAAACACAAAUUUUUGGGCUCCACUCCAAGGGUUUCUGACCCAAGAGGUGGGUCAGAAAAAAAUGUGCAUUCCUAAGAAGUCCCCAGGUCAUGCUGUUGCUGCUGGACUGGAUACCACACUUUGAGAACCUGUGCUCUAAGCAAAGACUUGGAAGUCAUAUCAGGACAUGGGGUAUAGAAACUGAGGAGUAGCUGAGAGGAAGAUGAGAGAAGCUAAGAAGAAGCUGAGGAUCCUCACAGGAGUAGACAGAGAAAUGUGAAGGGCAGGGUUUUGUGUGUGGGAAAGUGACCUGGAGCCCAGGCUGAAGAGUUUAACUUUGGGCCCAGGAACUCAACCAUCAGUAGAAACAGGGCAGUGACAAGUGGAGGGGGUGUCUGGAAGCUGAGCAGGCCCGACAGAAAGAUGAAGCCAUCAGAAGGACUUGAGGGGGUUCCUGAGGAGGCCAGGGGGAGGUAGAACAGGAAGGGUUUUAGGGGCAAAGGACAGAACCCCUUGUAGGACUGGAGGCAGGAUUGAAUGUAGGAGAAAAUCUGAGAGCAGUGAUAGGAGUCAGAACAUCUGGGUGUGUCUGCAGCCUGCUGUCAGCCCAACUGGGCCAGGGGGUCCCAAAGACACAUAUUCUCACCCCACCUCCACCUGCUUCCUGAUCACAUCCCAGUCACCAGCGGCAGCUUCCUGGAUGGUGGGGAAGAACAAUGGCAAGUUGAGAGGGGCAGAGGGGUGCAAGGGACCUGAAGCUGGCCUGGAGAACAGCGUAGGCCCAGGAGAGCCUGCCUUGGGACAAUGCCUGUCUCCCACACAGCAGCACUGGCCCAGCAAGGACCUUCUCCCUUGGCCCUGGCCACAUCCCACUCCUGCCCUUUCAUAAGCCCCCUGGGGAAAGCACUCCAGUCUUCUCUGUUCCAGGCUGGACAGCUAGGGUCCUAUGGGCACAGCCAGGGUCCUAUGGGCACAGCCAGGGUCCUAUGGGUCCUCUGGAAGCAAGAAAGGGGGCCAUGGAAGGAGCCCAGACAGUUUGGGUUCACUCAGAGAGGACCCAAGUCCCAGUCCCUUCCUUUCAGUCAAAGCAUGGAUAUCUUUGCCUCAAGUCACAGGGCCACCAGGGGGUCCUGUCAUCAAAGAUGAGAUUCCUGAAUGCUGGUAUUGGCUGGUCCCCUAAGAAUAGAUGUUGGGGUGGGGAAUGGGGAUUCAUUUGGGUUUCAGUAAAACAGGGGAGUCUGGACAAGAGGGGAUGGGCUACUUGGUAUCCACACACACGCACUCACACAGGAGCCAACCCUUUGCAACUGAACAAGCAGAGAAACUGAGGCUGGAAAGGCCCCUCCUGCCUGCUGAAGUCACUGGGACCCUGCCACACCUCUCCUCGCCACUGUCACCACUCAGGGCACCACUGUACAGUGCAACAAGUCAGGAGACCUAGGUCCUACUCCUGACACUUGCUCAUUAGCUCUAUGACUCUAGGCAAAUCGCAUAUCUGGGCCUCAGUUUCCUCAUCUGUAAAAAUGACACUUAGCAAACUCGUAAUGCUCAAUAAAUGUUUAAAUAACAACUGAAA